CUAACAUCCUUGGUUUAUUUUCAGUCCCACGCCUCUCCCAGUUCGGAGCGCCGGGAGCACUUGUACAAGAUCCUGGUGAUCGGGGAGCUCGGCACGGGGAAGACGUCCAUCAUCAAGCGAUAUGUUCACCAGUUCUUCAGCCAACACUACAGAGCCACAAUCGGCGUGGAUUUCGCCCUCAAAGUACUCAAUUGGGACUCGAAUACUAUCAUUCGUUUGCAGUUAUGGGAUAUUGCAGGUCAGGAACGUUUCGGCAACAUGACCCGGGUUUACUACAAGGAGGCGGUGGGCGCGUUCAUAGUGUUCGACGUGUCGCGGGUCGCCACCUUCGAUGCUGUUGUCAAGUGGAAGAAUGACCUCGACGCUAAGGUUCAACUGCCCGAUGGAUCGCCGAUACCCUGCAUACUGUUGGCUAAUAAGUGCGAUCAAUCGAAGGAAGGAAUCGUAAACUCUCAAGCUAAGAUGGAGGAGUAUUGCCGCGAGAAGGGGUUCGCGGGCUGGUUCGAGACCUCGGCCAAGGAAAACAUCAACAUUGAGGAAGCUGCCAGGUCACUAGUUAAUAAGAUCCUAUUAAACGACAAACUUCUGCAAAGCAACGACAACAGGGAUGGUGACAAAUUCGCGCUCGACCACAAGAUCGCUAACGGCGAGAACAGCCGCGACGGCAGCACCAAGUCAUGCUCGUGCUGACCAAUCAGCGGCCGCCGUCGCCGGCUGCGACCAAUCACAGCGCGAUACGAACACUCCCCCCCCACCACUAAAGAACCAAUCACGGUUGAACAAAAUUUUAAACUCUCUAUUCUUAAAUGCACUUUUGGUUUGAUUGGCGUUCUAUAAAGUUUGAAUUGAAUUUAGAAUUAAGAUUGCUUUAGGAAACAUAUUUAAUUUACAGCAAAUUAUUUCAAUAAUCUCAAUUGUAAUAUUCUGGUAUUUGACUUGACUCACGUCGCCGACAUCUUUGUUAACGAAUCUAUAUUUAUCUGUUCAAUCCUUUUAGGAUUUGUCUUCCUACUAAGCUUUUUUACAAACUUAAUAUGUAUACUGUAACGAAUAGAUAUUAUUUUUUUAAUAGGCUGUUUCCUUGUUAUUUAUUUAGUGAAGGAACAAAGUGCCUAUUCUGAUCGAAUUUAUGAUUAUUGUUGCUUAUGUAUUUGACUACGGUAAGGUCAUUGCCUGUAAGGGCUGGAGUCAUAAGUGGUAUAUCACGAUAUACGGUUAUUGUAAUAAGUAUUAUCUACUUAUUGUAUGAAAGUGUGAGAGUUGUUAUUGUAAAAUAAAAUGUUUAGUGAUGGA